AUGGCAACCACCACUCAAACCGUCGCCGCGCCCCCACAAAUCCAGGUCUCCCACGACUCUGCCUACGUCCCUCGAGGUUCUGUUACCACCAAGCUCCAGUUCUACAAAGCCCCAGCCGACGGCUCAACACCUUUCAAUUACGUCGAAUCGCCCCCAGAAGGCCAGCCCCAGCGCAACUUUGGGGACGCUGAUCUUCGAGUCACCAUCCACGAUAUCCGGGGUCAAGAAUCCAGCUUCAACAUCGACACCAAUGCGUUCGGUACCUUGACCACAUCUCCCUCAGCCGAGGAAUCAUUUACGGACGACGCCUCUAUCAAAGAGAACUACUACCCCGAAGUGGAAGCUCUCCUCCUCAAACACGUUCCCGGCGCCAAGCGCAUUCUCCUUUUCGACCAUACCAUCCGCCGCGCCACAGGCAACCGAAACCCAGUCACCCGCGUGCACAUCGACCAGACCACCAAGUCCGCCACUGCGCGCGUGCACCACCAUCUACCCGAUGAAGCCGAAGAGCUGCUCAAAGGCCGCGUGAGGAUUAUCAAUGUAUGGCGCCCUUUGAAUGGGCCUGUGCAAGCUACACCACUUGCUUUUGCCGACUCGACGACAGUGAAGGAUGAAGACUUGAUUGGUAUUGAGCACCGAUACCCAGAUCGCACGGGAGAGACGGCGGCAGUGCAACAUGGGGACGAGAAGUGGCACUAUUGGUCUGGCAUGGAGAACAAUGAGCGGUUGUUGCUGGAGUGCUACGACAGUGAGAAGGGCGGACGAGUGCCCCACACCGCGUUUGUGGACCCGAGGAGCCCCCAAGGUGGAAAGGAGAGGGAGAGCAUUGAGGUUAGGGCACUGGUAUUUGGGUGA